AUGCCUGGUUUCGAAUUGGAUCGACUCGCUCAAGAUGAUCAGCCGGGCAUAACUCAACGCAAGCAUCAGAUGCAGCUGGAGGUUGGUAGGGUUCUAGGGUCGAAAACCCUUUCAUCCUCAGGACAUUCGCUUGACGAAGACUCGGCCAUCUUUUCAGGGUCGGAAAGCAAAGGCCGCCUGCCUUGUAUACCUAUGCAAAUAUUUGCAGAGUCAUAUGUAGGACUGAAGGUCGAGUCACUUCUCAAGACAGAAUAUCUGGCUGGCAUAAUUGUCCCCGUACUCUAUCAGAUCGAUUUUGAAAGGCACAAAAACUUGACAACGGGCGAAGAUAACCCAAAGCCUGAGGAAGAUUUACUCUUUAAACUGUUCAGUAACCAAGGGUUUCAUCGCGAAUGUGAGGGAUAUUGUGAUUACCCUGAGUCAGGGCUUCUUUGGGCAGCUAGAAUGGGAAAAGAAGUGGUCUUGAGGCUACUUCUCGAAGAAACUGACAUAAACGUCAAUUAUAAGACCCAAGAUGGAGUUACUGCACUCCAUCUCGCCACGAGACAUGGAUAUUGGACAAUAGCGAAGCAAUUAUUAGAGAAGGGCUCUUUUAUUGAUUGCCAAGACUUCAGCAACGAAACACCCCUUCACUAUGCUACAGCAAACGGUGACCAGAAUCUGGUCGCGUUACUACUUGAAUAUGGAGCCAAUGUUCAUCACUUGGAUAUUGUUGGUUCAAAUCCACUUCAUAAAGCAGUCAAAAGUGGGAUCCAAAACGUCAGCAAGCUUUUGAUUCAUCGCGGGGCUAACGUUAAUGAGCAAAAUAAUUUGGGAUGGACCGCGCUUCACAUAGCAGCAGCGUAUGGCAAGCCGAUACAUUUACUCCUACUGAAGGAAGGAGCUGAAAUUAAUGCAAAAGACAUCCAUGGCCAGACACCACUUCAUAAAGCGGUGCAGAAAGAAGAAGAGUCGAUCAUUAAAGACCUCAUAAAGUAUGGUGCAAACGUAAACCCUCAGGAUAAUAGUGGUUUCUCCCCGCUUCACAUAGCAGCAGAUCUCGGAUGUGACGACAUAAUUAAAUUGCUGGUAGAAAAUGGGGCAACGAUCGAUCUCAGAAAUCGUGACGGAUACACACCGCUGCGUGUGGCUAGUUUUAAUGGAGAUAGAGAAACCGUUGAACAACUUCUUUCCUUGAAUGGACUAAGCAGAUCUCCCAACUCUCCGGAGGUAGCAUCUCAAGUCAAUAUCAAGAACACAGAGUUGGUAAAAUUAAGCGCUUACCCAGAGUAUAAACUUCAGGGUCAACGAAUAGAUGUAAAGAGGUAA